CCAUUGUUGUUUCUGAAUCGAUGCUGCCCGCUACACCAAUUCUUCUUUUUUUUCCACCUGGCAGUUCCCAAAUCAAGGCCUAUAAAGUCGAUGUCUCAGCCUAGAAUUCCAUCAGAACUAUGCUUUCAGAAAUCCUUCUAAGCGUAUACACUGAAAUUCAAGGCCACCACCAGGCCCUUGUGUCUGUGGCUUUGUUGGUUUUUGUCGUGUACAAUUUAAUUGUCUAUCCAUUUUUUGUCUCCCCCCUAAGAUAUGUUCCAGGUCCGUACUUGCACAGAAUCUCCCGGAUUCCCUCGCUUCAAGCCCAGAGAAAAUUCCAAUGGGUCGGAAGAGUUCAUGAACUCCACAAAAGAUACGGGCCUGUUGUGAUUCUUACUCCAACUUCAGUCAAUUGCAAUGGAGACCCCAAUCACAUCCAAAACAUAUAUGUGAAGAACAUGCCCAAGGGGCAGUUUUAUGAGAGUUUUAGGUUUCAUGGUGAAGUCAACAUGUUUGCUGAGACCGAUAAUGCCAGACACCUAGCCUACAAGAAAAUUGUGCUGGGGCUAUACCUGAAAUCUGCCAUAUUCAACCCCAAAAACACGACCAGAGACAUUCUCGUUGGCAAGGUCCGGGAACUAGUACACCAAAUAUACAAGGCCUCAAUACUUGGUCAGCAACCGGACUCAGUUGCCACUGUUUCCCCUUCGGUAGGUUUGGCUCACGAGAAGGACAAAAAGUCGGGUGUUGGCAUCAACGUGCACUUACUAUUUGCAUCUUUAGCCAUGGAUGUUGUCGCAGCAUUUGAGCUUGGCAAAGAAAACGGAACUAGUCUCCUUCUGGAUUCCAAGCAGAGGCCGAUAGUGGACCAGCUCAGGAAAAUGUCGUCCAUGGUGUUCUGGACCACAAGAAUGCCACGGUUUUGGGCCUGGGCUGCCGGUUCUGCUAUUCGCAAUGCAUGCACCGAGAUCGAAAAUUGGCAGGUGGCUCUUUACGAACGUGCCGAGAAACACACUUCCCAAAAUGCUCCAGAAAGCAACCUCACCACACUAGAGACGUUCCGAAAAAGCGCACUCUCAACACUGAAGGCUUAUUCCAACAUAAGCGAUAAUCUCAUUGCGGGCCAUGAUACCACGUCCACACAGUUGACAUAUAUGUGCUACGAGCUUUCAAGACCGGUGCAUCAGAAAAUACAAGCCAGGCUUCGGGACGAGCUCAUCCAAGCAUUUGGAUCCCCGAGUACGAAGGAAGCAUACAUCGAAGAUUUGGAGCUCGUCGACCAGCUUCCAUUUUUGGAAGCCUUGAUGCAAGAGAAUCUCCGGGUGCAUUCUCCGCCCGGAUCCCACUACAGAGUUACAGACAAAUGUUACAGUGUGGACAUAAAAGGCAAAACCGUCUCUAUUCCACCCGGAACAGAGAUUUCGUGCCAGCCAUACCUGAUGCAUCGUGUGCCAGAAAUAUUUUCUGAUCCAGACAAUUGGUUGCCCGACAGAUGGUUGCAAACAAGCAGUGAGUCGGCCGACGAAUAUAAAGCCAGAGUCAAGGAAAUGCAACGUUACAUGAUGCCUUUUGGUCGAGGCGUGCGCAUGUGUCUUGGAAUGAACCUCGCUUUUAUUGAGAUCAAAUUGGCAUUGGCAAACAUAUACUGGCACUACGAGCUGGCGAUAUCCUCGGCUUGGUGUGACGUUACGCCCGCAGAGAAAAGCGGGGUCAUCAAACUUGGCAAGCCGUUGCCAGGACUGAAAGAUGACGAAAGUAUGAUGACAAUGGAGGAUGCGUACGUUUCACAUCCAUUUCACGAUGAGUGCUGGCUCGAGUGGAGAGAAUCGUGAUCGGUAUGAUCUGUUUAAACAAUGUUAUCAUCCUAAAACUCAGCAGCAACGAACGGCUUCUACGAACCACGGCUUGCCAAAGCUUUAAUACAGUGUAUUAAAAAUGUCACUAAACUGAUAUGUGGGUUUAUGUAGUUUGUGGCAUCCUCCGGCUACUAACGAUCAUUGAUUACUCUGAUUGCCUCAGUAUUUUUUCAUCAUGGAAGAUCAAUAAAGUUGUCGUUUUUCGACUAUGAAAGAUCAAUUCCAUUGAUGUUUCAUGGAUAAUGUUCCGAAUCUAUAGCAAAAUAUGCUCGCAUGGAGGCUUUGCGGUACCCAUUUAAAACGAAUUUCACAUCUCUUGGGCAUUUAGAAUUCGAAGGUUUAAGCGGAGUAGAUCUGAUCUUUUUUCAUAGAUCACCAGCUUGUUUUGAGCCAUGUGUACCUUAUUUAAAGAGUGCAACUUAGAUUUAUUCUGGGGUCGGAAUAU